AUUAAAUUGAAACUGGCAUUUUGCUUUUUUCUAACAGUAAAUUUUUUAAUAGUAUUCGAUUUUUUAACAUGUUUGCAUGCUAUAAUUUCAAAACCGUCCAUAAUUUAUUAAAUAAAAAAUAAAAUAAUAAAUAUAUAAUAAUAAACUAAAUAAAUAUAUAAUAUUAACAAUAAUAAGAAACUUUUGACAGAAUUAUAUUUAUUACAAAUUAUUGUAGCUUCUAUUUGAAGUUUGAAAUUAACCUGCAAAUCUUGCGCAUGCGCCCAAUUUUCCUGCCUCGUGUUUCUGCUCGGUUUACUUGCACUUUCUACACAUUUUACUUCUCUCUCUUUCGUGACAAUGUGCAAAUGUGCUUUUAUCGCGUUUUAAGUGCACAAGGAGCAAUCCAAAUGAACUGCGUGCUAUGUCCGUGUAUCUGUUAUGUAUUAUUUGAAUCAGUUCGAACUUGUCACGGUGAUCUGCUCUCUUAAAUCUCGUGCGUAAAACAUUAUUAGUUGUUCUUUAUUUUCAACUACCAGUCUUUGUUUGUAAAGCUUCCUCGCGUGUAAUUUCCCUUACAAAACUGCCGUAACAUGUUUUCCAUUACUUUGGUGAACAUCGAGAGUUACCAAGCGUCUCCGAUACCUGAACUCGAUGUGACAUUCUCGGAAUUUCGUGGGUCAGAGGUAAAAAAAGUGCCGGUAAUCAGAAUAUUCGGAUCAACUGCUACUGGCAAAAAAACGUGUUUGCAUGUUCACGGUGUCUUCCCAUACAUGUACGUGCCAUGCACGGUUCAGGAAAAUGCCGACAGCUAUGCUUACCAACUGGCUGCGUCCAUCGAUUCUGCCUUAAAUACAUCAUUUGGCUCGACAGUGUCUACGAGUCAGCACGUAUACAAAAUCCAGCAGGUGUCAGGAAUACCUUUCUACGGUUAUCACGAGAAGGAGCAUUUGUUCUUUAAAAUAUAUUUCUAUAAUCCUGCCAUACUUAAGAGAACGGCAGACUUGUUACGGAAUGGUGCUGUUCUCAAUCAAAAUAUGCAACUAUACGAGGCACACAUUCCUUACAUUUUGCAAUUUAUGAUGGACUACAAUCUUUACGGCAUGAAUUUAAUAAAUUUAAAUUGCGUAAAGUACAGACACUCCUUGCAAGGAUGCGAGAUCGAAGGUAGUCAGAACAAGUCUUCGAUGGAUUCGACGAACUCACAAGUGUAUCUCCCGACCUCCGUCACCAGGCAAAGUAUGUGCGAACUGGAAGUGGACGCGCAUGCUUCGGAGAUUUUAAACAGACAGAGUAUCACUAAAGAAUUGGUAUUGAAUCCCGGUAUCGCUGGGAUCUGGAACGAGGAAAGGGCGAGGAGGGCUCAAGCUGGUUUACAAAGCGCAAGCUCGCAACUGCUGUAUCCCAAAACUCCUGGCAAAAUUAUUCUCCCUCCAACGAGCAGCGAUAUUUACCAGAAGGAGCAAUUACUGAAGAGAUUGAAUGCCGCAUCACAAGUCGAUGAAACGGUCGUCUCGAAUACAAUCGUGCCUUCGUACCCUAUUGAAGUGGAAGAGGAUAAAAAUGUCCUGAAUGCCUCUUAUGUUCUAAAUCAUACCGAGUCUCUUGCGUCUGAGGAGAAUAACAUUGAGAGGAUGGUUUCCGACAAUACUAAGCUACUGCAAUUAGCAUCGCUAGCCUUUUUAGAAGCAAAUCGGAGUCAGAGCAAUGUAACGGAUACUAGUAUUUUGGACGCAGAUGACAUACAGUUGGUAGAGAUGUUGGCCAAUCUAGCUGAAGAGAAUGAAACCACGACCAACGUAGACGACGACAGUGUUCUUGGUUCUCAGUAUUCUGUAUUCAGCGAACCAGCGAAAAAUGAUCCAGAGGAAGAAGAAGUUGAAGAUUUGAACAUUACAAGUUUAGACCUGGACAGUCUAAGUCCUUGGGAAUCGGUGUGCAAGGAAUCCAACAGUAUCAUAGUUAACAAACGGAACACCGAAUCGGCAAAUAGUACAAAUAAUAUUGCCGAAGAGAGUGAAAAUGUUACGCUUACCGAUUUUCCACAAUUUGAUGGAGUCGAUGAUUCAGAUGAAAAUAUAUUAAAAUAUGAAAAGAGCAGCACAAGUUGCUUAAGUGAGAAUAAUAGCAGAAAGUGCUGCACUGCGGUUCUUUCUGCAAAUGUUGAACGUGCUGUGCCUGUUAUUAAUAAAAGAAAAAAUCAUAUGUGUGAUUUCUACAAGAAUUUACAUCUAGUGGAUGUUAUCGAGCAUUUUAAUGCAAGUAAUCCUAAUCAGUACCAUUUAAGAAAAGAAUUAUAUGAUUUUGUAAAUAGAUGUUACUUUCAUAUAUUUAUUAAAAGUGAUAAAAAUUUGCGAGAUACUCUUAUAAAAAAGAUAUAUUAUCUCAAAGAUAAGAAGAGAAACAUAGUAAAGAAGAAGAGAAGGCAAGAACUAUGCAUUACUUAUCAAUUACCAUUAGAUCAUCAGGACUUGGAUGUUUACGACGUAGAUGAAGCAUCUGGGACUACAGAUGAUAUCAACCAAUACAAUAUAAAAGAUCAUGAAGAACAUAAGCGUAAUUACGUAGAUGCAAAAUUACGUGCUCAGAGAAGGGCUCUGUUAGACAGUAAUUAUUGUUCGCAUCAGGAAAUAUACAGUAUCUUACCGAAAUUUACGAUAUCGAGUGUUGAUGGGGCUGCAGGUAUCGAUACCGACUCUUCCGACUCUGAACUCGAGAGUGAUAUCACGAUUAAUAGGCAAGAGAAACGUAUAUGUGUUUACAAGUCCGCGAAAAGGGAUAUACCUCGAGCUACGCUCGAGGGAACGCCGAAGAAAAGGAAGCUGGAUUUCGAGACCGACGAGUCGCCCGGUAAACGGAGAAACGCGACUGCUAGAACGCCAAAACGACAAUACAGUUCUCCAGGCAAGGGGCGUCUGUCGGGAAAUUACUCGCCUCUUAAUAUCAUUAUCACGUCUCCGAAAACCAGUAGGAGUCCUCUUGGAAAAUGUGAAUCUCCGAAAGAAAGACACGUAGCGAUGUCCGAUGCUGCUUCAACCUCUACUACCCCGAAACGUAAGACGCACCUGCUACGUAUGAGCUUACUGCGUGAGAAACGCGGAACAAAUUUUUCAAGCUUGGAUCUAGAAAGGAAGAGCGACAAUGAUGAAAGAGCAACAAUUAAGGAAACAGAUAUUGUGCAAAGUACUGAUAACUCAAACGCUAUGAAAGCUAAUGAAACAACGGUAAGCCAUGAGGCGAUAGAAAGUUAUGAAAGUUCAUCAGUGAAACAUCAGGAAAUUAAGGAGGUUCGUAAGAGAUUGUCUUUCUUGAAUCAUGAUGAGGUAGAAAAUACAGAGUCAAAUCAUCCCGCGAGUCAGUCUGAGCGCUUAGCCGCAAUUGGGCAUUUCGUUGAUCAAGCGUAUGCGGAUGCGACUGUACUUUCUUUCAGCAACAAAAAUGAUGAUAGCGUUUCAAGCAGCCAGCGUACAGAAAAGAGUAAUAGCGACACGUCUCCAGAAAGAAACUAUUCGUCAAACAUACGUAAAUUGGCAAGAAGAUCGAUGCAAGGUCGCGACAUUAUUCCCGAAACGGAUUUUGAAGACGAGGAAGACACGUGCGAUACAACUUUCACUCAAAGUGUUAAUAAAAAAAUUGAGAAUUUUAGUCAAAGUUUAUCGUUGGAAGUGAGCAGCAUUGCUCGAUCACCAAGGAACGCAUCGAUCACGAUUACCACAAGGUACAAACCUCCCGAUCCCGAAAGGGUUCUAAGAAGCAUGACAUUGUACGGCAUACCGAGGUGCAGAGCGCAGAAGCCAUUCUUCAGUAAUAAAUGUGAUCUUAGAAAACAAAAGGAGUCUGCAAGCACGAGCUCUGCGUACUUCGAUGUGCCUGCGUUUAAAUCUAGCUUAGAAGAUGUUACGAGCCUCGGUUUGUGGCGAAGAAUGAAAGUCAAUGAAUUUCACGCCUCUGGAGCAGCCAUGAAAACUUGCCACAUUAAGCGAACACUGGCGGGGUAUAAUUUAUUGACGAUUAAGCCGCUCGUGACGCCACCAUCUCCUAAGGGCGUCACAAAUUGGAUUAGGGCUAAAAGAUAUUUACUGGAGAAAAAUCGUGAUAUCAAACUGCGCGAUAAGAAGAGGACGGUAAAAGAUACGCCGCAUUCACUAAUUAAUAUUAAUAACAAAAAGGAUGAAUCCAGCCGGAAGUCAGAAACUUCUUCUGAUCAUUCAAUAAAUGAUGACUCAACUGUGAAGAAAUCUGUUUCGUUAACGUCCCAGGAAAUCCUGUCGAGUGGGACGUUCGACGAUAGCAAAACCUUCGGAUUUACACAACACUCUGAUAAGACAUCCGAAGAUAGUUUAAAUCCUUCUUUGAAAAAGGCACUGCAAAAUCCGUUGUUAUAUAAACAAAAUAAGGAUCAGCAAUCUUCUUCGUAUGGUCAAAUUGAGUGCUUGUCUAAGGAGAGCUACGGUAACGUCUCAAGUGAGAAUAUUCAAAACGUCAGAGCAGUCAGUGCGCAUCAAUAUCUAACGUUACUGUCUCUUGAAGUGCACGUUGUUACUCGGGAAAAUCUUCUUCCCGAUCCACAGCAUGAUCCUGUCGCCGCAUUAUUCUACGCGAUUUACAACGACGUUCCAACAGACGCUAAUCAGCAGAUAGAACACAGUGCUAUAAUCGUAAAUCCCGAUCCUGUGAGCGCAAGACUUAGUAAGAUUCAUUCUGCGGGCGCAAUGUGUCCAAUAUUAUACGUUCCAACGGAGCAAGAUAUGUUCAACAGUCUUAUCAAAUUGAUCGAACAACAUAAUCCGGAGAUUCUGCUUGGUUGGGAAACAGAAGCACUUUCGUGGGGCUACAUUUUCCAGAGAGCACUCCAUCUUGGGUUCAGUAAUUUCCCUUUAAAAAUUUCAAAAGUUCCAUACACGCAGGUGUCUUCUAAAUCUGAUAUUCACACGUCCGAUAAAGAAGAUACGAGUGAAAUCAAAGUGCCUGGCCGCAAUAUUCUUGAUGUUUGGAGAAUCAUGAGACAUGAAGCAACAUUAUUAACGUAUACCUUUGAAAACGUCAUGCAUCACGUUCUACACGAGAGAAUACCAUGCCCUUCUUUCAAGACGUUGUCCACUUGGUGGAAGCACAAAAGCAUGAUAGUGAAAAGUAGAGUUAUACGUCAUUAUGUCAUCAGAGUCGUAGGCACUCUCAAACUACUGAAUCAUCUGGACAUUAUAGGUCGCACGUGCGAGCAUGCCCGUCUCUUCGGGAUACAAUUUUACGAAGUUUUCUCGCGAGGUUCGCAGUUUCGCGUCGAGUCGAUGAUGCUCAGAUUAGCGAAGCCCAUGAAUUACAUCCCAAUCUCACCGUCUGUACAUCAAAGAGCUAGAAUGCGGGCGCCGGAGUGCCUACCGCUGAUUAUGGAGCCUGAGUCUGAAUUUUAUACCGAUCCACUAGUCGUACUUGAUUUUCAGAGCUUGUACCCGAGUAUGAUCAUUGCUUACAACUACUGCUUUUCCACUUGUCUAGGGAGAAUAGAGCACAUAGGCCAAUACGGACCAUUUGACUUUGGCGCAGCCACGUUGAUAACAAAAAGGAGUACCGCGUUAAAGCUGCAAGAGAAAAUAAAUUUUUCGCCUUGCGGCGUAGCCUUCGCAAAGAGAGAAGUGCGUCAGGGGAUUUUGCCGCGUAUGCUGACGGAAAUUCUAAAUACGCGGCUCAUGGUGAAGGAGUCCAUGAAGCUGUACCCCGCAGAGGAUCGUACGUUGCAACGCCUCCUUCACUCGCAGCAACUGGGUCUGAAAUUAAUCGCAAACGUCACUUACGGUUAUACAUCCGCUAACUUUAGCGGUAGAAUGCCAUGCAUAGAGAUAGGUGACAGCGUAGUUAGCAAAGGACGAGAGACGUUGGAACGCGCGAUCAAGCUGGUAGAAACUACGCCAAAAUGGGGCGCUCGAGUGGUCUACGGCGAUACGGAUUCCUUGUUCGUGCUGUUACCCGGGAAAUCACGGGAAGAAGCGUUUACCAUUGGCGAAGAGAUCGCGGACGCGGUCAGCGCAGCCAAUCCCGCGCCUGUUAAGCUCAAGUUUGAGAAAGUUCUUCAUCCGGCUAUUUUGCAAACGAAGAAACGGUAUUGCGGAUACAUGUACGAACGUCGCAGUCAAGAACAGCCCGAGUUUCUAGCGAAAGGUAUCGAAACGGUCCGCAGAGACGGGUGUCCGGCGGUCGCUAAGUUGCGAAAUCGAAUAUCCUCACGUUGCAGGUACUUGAGAAAUCGCUGCGGAUCCUGUUCGACACGAAGGACGUUUCCCUCGUGAAGUCGUACGUCACCAGGCAGUUCGAGAAGAUCUUUCAGCGGCGCGUGUCUAUACAGGACUUGACCUUUGCGAAAGAGUUUCGCGGGAUGCGAGGAUACAAGGCGAACGCCUGCGUACCGGCGUUGGAACUGAC